AUGUCAUCUACCGCAGGCAAGCCCAUUCAUUGCAAAGCCGCUGUGGCUUGGGAAGCUGCCAAGCCGCUCAGCAUCGAAGAUGUCGAAGUGGCACCUCCCAAAAAGGGAGAGGUACGCGUCAAGGUGACCUACACUGGUCUUUGCCACACCGUGAGCGUGUUGAAGUUGUGAGCGUCAGUAGAGAGAGCUGGGCUGACCAGCUCGAGACGGCUACCUCGACCGCACAGGACGCGUACUCACUUUCUGGCAGCGACCCAGAGGGUGCUUUCCCAGUGAUUCUCGGGCACGAGGGUGCUGGAUUCGUCGAGAGCGUCGGUGAAGGAGUCACGGAAUUCAAGGAAGGAGAUUCGGUAAGCGUGCUGGCUGCGUCGCUUGCUGACGCGUUUGCUCGGUCUGACAGACAAGACGCUGCGCCCGUUUGUCAUCAGGUCAUCCUCCUUUACACGGCCGAGUGCAAGCAGUGCAAGUUCUGCAAGAGCGGCAAGACGAACUUGUGCCAAGCUGUCAGAGCGACGCAAGGCCAAGGAGUGAUGCCGGACAAGACGGUGCGCUUCAAGGUCAAGGGCCAAGACAUCAAGCACUUUAUGGGCACAAGCAGCUUCAGUCAAUACACGGUAGUGUCGGAGCAUUCCUUGGUGUCCGUCGACAAGAAGGCGAACCAGCAAAAGACGUGCCUGCUUGGUUGCGGCGUCACCACCGGAUUUGGUGCUGUGACCAACACUGCCAAGGUGGAAGAGGGAGCCACAGUGGCUGUCUUUGGUGUCGGAUGCGUGGGCUUGGCCGUCAUCGAGGGCGCCAAGGCCCGGAAAGCGUCCAAGAUUAUCGCUGUGGAUAUCAACGACGGCAAAGAGUCUUGGGCCAAAAAGUUUGGAGCGACCGACUUUGUCAACUCCAACAAAUUGGGAGAUCAAAGCGUAGUGGAGAAGCUCGUGGAGCUGACAGACGGCGGAUUGGACUACACCUUUGACUGCACGGGCAACGUCAAGGUCAUGCGCGCUGCGCUCGAAGCUUGCCACAAGGGUUGGGGUGUCAGUACCGUCAUUGGUGUGGCAGCAGUGAGUACGCCGGUCUCAAUCGAGAGCACUCGAGCUACAGACGUUGAUGCGCGCUUUGGACUGCGACACCUUCAGGCGGGCCAAGAGAUCUCUACGAGGCCCUUCCAGCUUGUCACUGGUCGCAAGUGGCAAGGAUCGGCCUUUGGUGGCGUCAAGGGCAAAACUGAGCUUCCAGCAAUGGUCGACGCAGUGAGUGAUGGCAAAGCCGCCGACUGUUUCCCCCUGGCCUGCAGCCUAACCUUGGCUCCAUCGAGCAUCCGCAGUACACUGAUGGCAAGUCGCCCAUCAAGCUGGAUGACUACGUCACUCACGAGACUACUCUGUCCGAGCUACAAAAGGGCUUCGACUACAUGAAGGCCGGAGACUGCAUUCGAUGUGAGUUGAUAGAGGUUUGCCCAAACUUUUGCUGAGCUGCUCGUGGUUUCGCGCCCCUAACGUUUCCCUCUGCUUGCGCCACAGGCGUCGCCGACAUGUCCAAGUGA